GCAAGCCGCAAAAUAUGCGAAACAACAAGGCAGACAACACCCAACGGCAAAAACUCGGCCUGAAGAGAAAGAGACAGCGGCAGCGACGCGUCUGGGGGCUUACAACAGUGGCCAAAAUUCUAGCAAUGCAUUAUAGGUUAUAGAUUCUUAUUGAUUAUUAGGAAAGUUUGCUAAUUCUCAAGGUUUCUCCUUUUAUUCAGAACACUAUAUUCUAGGAUAAUAAAUUAACAAACCGAAAGAUACUCUG